GCGGACACCUAGCGAGCUAACAGUUAUCCCAAUACAAUUUCAGCGAAAAACGGUCUAAAAUUUAGAGUAAACCAUUUCCGAGGACCGGUUUAAAACGGAACACACAGUUAUUAUUUACUUAGAUUUUACUUCUAAUGACAUAUGUAAUUUCAUAGUUUCAUAGAUCGUAUGUAGCUACCCAGUAUUAGCUAACUGUUUAGCCUUUCAGUGAGGCUGCAUUGAUUCGGGUUGCGAGCAAAAUGAAACUAAACCGUAUGGUCAGUAUUGUAAACGACAGUGCUAAUUAGACGAUGCGUAUUAGUUGACAAUUUUUAGAUAAUUUUGCCCUUAUUCUCAACUAGAAAACAUAAAAUGUCUGUACUCAAAUCUUUACGAAUCACUCGGAUAGGCAGAUAAAAGCGUGCUUGCAGAUAACGGGUUGACUGAAAACACAAAGAUAAGAAAAUCAGCCAGGAACUGUAGUAAUCAGCCAAAACGGCUGUCAUGAAAUAAUAAAUCCCAGUUCAAGCACUUGGGGUGAAAUGUUCAAUCUGAUGGCGAACUGCUGUAAUUGGUUGAAACGAUGGAAAGAACCUGCAAGGAAGGUGACAUUAGUAAUGGUUGGACUGGACAAUGCUGGAAAAACAGCUACUGUCAGAGGAAUCCAGGGAGAAUGUCCUUUAGAUGUAGCACCUACAGUGGGCUUCUCAAAGGUGGACCUGAAGCAGGGCAAGUUUGAGGUCACAAUCUUUGACCUGGGUGGCGGGAAGCGUAUCCGCGGCAUUUGGAAAAACUACUACUCUGAGUCUUACGGAGUGGUGUUUGUUGUGGACUCCAGUGAUGUUCAAAGGAUCCAGGAGACCAGAGACACAAUGGCUGAGGUUCUCCGGCAUCCUCGAAUUGCAGGCAAACCUGUAUUAGUACUGGCUAAUAAACAGGACCAAGAUGGGGCAUUGGCUGAAGCAGAUAUCAUUGAGACCCUGUCAUUGGAGAAGCUUGUCAACGAGAAUAAAUGCCUCUGUCAGAUUGAACCCUGUUCUGCAGUGCUGGGUUAUGGUAAGAAGGUUGACAAAUCCAUCAAGAAUGGCCUUAACUGGCUCCUGAAUAACAUUGCCAAGGACUACGAGGCAAUUUCAGAACGUGUGCAAAAAGAUACAGCUGAGCAGAAGGCUCAGGAAGAACAAGACAAGAAGGAAAGAGCAGAGAGAGUCCGGCGGAUCAGAGAGGAGAGAGACAGACAGGAGCGAGAAGAGGCAGAGCAAGAAGGAAGGGCAUUGAAAGAGGAGGAGCUAGAUGAUGUCAACAUGCUCAACCCAUUCCAGCCAAUAAACAAUGUUUUUAAUGAGAAUGAAGACAGAUUAAACAAAGAGAAAGAGAUGCAAAGACAGAGAGAAAAUGGCGAGCUGGGCAGUGUGCAAGAACAGACAGUCCUUCAAGAUGAGGAGGAUGAUGAAGAGGAGGAGGAUGAAGAGACCGAGAGACAGACCCCGGAGAGCACAGAAUCAGGAGCAGUGGACCAGACCAAAAAGAAAACUAGGAAAUUACGAUUGAAACGUAAGCACAGAGUCGACCCUCUCAGAGUGGAAGAAGCAGCACCCAAAAGCCCCACUCCUCCUCCCUUGCCAGUUGGAUGGGCUACUCCUAAAGUUUCUAGGCUCCCCAAACUUGAGCCUCUUGGAGAUACAAGACAUUCUGAUUUCUAUGGCAAACCUCUCCCACCUGUAGCAAUUAGGCAGAGGCCGAACAGCGAUACUCAUGAUCACGGGCAGUGUAGCAAACUAUGCAGAUUGCCCAUAAGUGAGGAACUGAUACCCAAUCGACAAACCCAGGUGGAUCACAUGACCUCAAGCAACGUCUGAGAUGGGGGACAAGGACAUUCACUGUUCAGAUAAUGUGCUUAAAUUUAAAACGGUUCAAUAUUUUACUUUCUUUAGAGCUGUUUGUCUUAUUUUGAUCAAAAUACUUAAAAUCAGUAUUAAUAGACAUUUGAAACUCAAUUGAGACUUCUUUUGUGGAAAGUAUAUCACAGACAUAUUUUUAAGAGAAUUGAAAUGUAUUCAAAUACAUCAAAGUUUAAAUUUGUGUACUUGAAAUUGUACAAAAAUGUUUUUAUGGGAUGGUCCACAUACAUAUCUUAAGCUCUUGUGCAUAUAUAAUGUGCAGUUAAUUGUGACACACUUUGCCUUUAAUGUAUCAGAUGGUCUUUUUUUCUCAGCAGCAUUUAUAGGUUUAUACACUACGCUGUCUUAAUUUUGAGAAUGACAUUCAUACUCUCAAAUAGCACCAGCAGCAUAUACAGAGCUCGUGAGAAGGUGAACUUUUGAAUGUGAUGUGAAAUGUUUGUGCAAGCUCAUUAUUGAGUUUGAAACAGCAUUUUAUUCUCACAUACAGUACAUCUUGCUUUAAUGGAGCAAAAGAUUCUGAAAGAUGAUGAGUAUAAUUUCGUGAUUUACAGAUAAGAGAUUCCACUGUAGGUGUAACAAUGGUCAACCUCCAAUAUAUAUACAUAUUUUAAUGUAUGAUGUCAUAUAUUGUAAAUGCUGCUUGCAUAUUUAUUUGAUGCUAUUGCCAUUUUUUUUAUAUUUCACAUUGUUUGUUUUGUUUUGUAUUUUACCCCCACACUAAUAUUUAGUUGACGUUUCAUCAAGUUUGCUCUGCUUUCAGUACCUGCUUCUUUUGUACCCAGUUCACAUUUAAUAUGAAUGUCAAAUUAAAUAUAUUAUAAAAAUGUAUAUUUCUACUCAGUUAUUUAUUUUUUAUUUUUUUUAUUGCAGAGAACGGGAACAUACAGAAGAAUAAGCAUACAUCACAUAAUAUCAGCCACAAAAAUAAAAAUAGAAACAAAGCACAAAAAAAGAA